CGAGAUCAAUCAUGGAGUCACCCGGAAAAAUAUUUGCUCUUGUUUUGGUGGUUGUUUUGCCAGUUUUGAUCGCAGGUGACACAUGUCUGGCACCAGAUGUGAAAUCCAACAUUUACACAACCACAGAGACGGCAAUGUCCAGUCAGACAGUGUUCAUUGUAGAGUUCUCAUUAGCAUGUAAAAAUAAACUCAAGAAUGUCAACGUUUAUGCUGAUCUCAAUGGUAAGACUGUACCUGCCAGUCGCUCAGGAGAUAAAUAUCAGGUUAGCUUCAGUGAUGAGCACAAGAAACUGUCCUCAGGCACAUAUACAGUAAGAUUCUUUGAUGAAGAAGGCUAUGCAGCACUCAGAAAGGCUCAAAGAGGAGGUGAUGAUACAUCAGCCGUCAAGCCACUUUUCACACAAGAUGUUGUUCAUAAGGGUGCGUCAAGUGGUCAAUACGUACAGAGUGAAUUUGUUGCAACAAGUGCUGCUCUCCUCGUCUUUUACUUCGCAUGGAACGCCCGAUCCAAUCUUGGAGCAUAGUUUAAUAAAUAAUAUAGCAAUAAAAAAUAUCUCAUCAUCUGCCAUUUUAGAAUUUGAACGUCAUUACUUACUUAAAUACAAUCGUAUCAUGACAAUUUCAUAACUUAAGACAUUCAUUAUUAUAGAUGUUUUUAUCUCUAGAAAUUAGUGUUUCAAUCAUGUACAAACAAAUGUAAUGUGUAAAGCUCACAUUUUUAUCAAGUUGUGUAUAUUUCAUUGUGUAAUAUCUAGUGUAAAUUACCAUGUAUUUCAUUCCAGUUUCAGAACUAAUUUUUGUACAUGUUCUUAUACAGAAUGUAAUAUUGUAUAAUAUUAGAGAAACUUGUGCGAAAGCAGCCCUUAAUAAAAAAAAUUACAAAACAAUAUAGAUUGUUGCCCAGAUGUGACUGAGCAAAAGCUUAGAUUCACGGGUCUUCUCAAAGAAUCUGCCAGUCCUCCUAUUACGCCGCCUUUUUGGCCAUUUAAGGAGAUUAUCGUUUUGUAUAAACUCUACUUUUUGCUCAUAUAUGGAGAGGUGUUACAAUGUAGGAUAGUCAUUUUGAAGUGAGAAAUUCUGAAUAUUCUCGUGUCUAUUACUCAAUACUUGUAUAUUGCACCAUUCUUUCAUCAUAUUGGCAAUAUACACCUGAAUAAUCUAUUGCCGAGUAGUUAAUUGUAUUGGUUUUGACAGAAAUUAAGAGAAAGUUCGAGGAGAAUCUGGUCAUAUUAUUAUACAGGUGUUAAGAUAUACAUUCAGGUUUUACAAACAUAUAUCAUAUUAAAACAAAACAAUGAUUUGGGAUAAUCAAGGAUUCAACAAUUUAUUUUGACAUUUUAGGGUCAUACAAUAUAAAACAAUUACAGUAGUGAACAAUGAAAUAUACUUCCUAAACAUCUUACAAUUUGAAACUGUAACAAUAUUUUGCAAUAAUAUUUAGAUUUAGUUUUAGAGGAUUUUUUGUUGAAACAUCAAGAGUCCUUUAAAUUCCCAGAAAAUGUCUUAUCUAGUACAGAAUUCUAAUUUGAUACAAUAAAAACAGUACAGAACAGAUAGCAGACUAAA